AUUUAUCUUUGCCGUAGCAGUCUCUGAAAACCUACAUUCAGCAGAAUGAAAUGCAGGCUGCCAUACUGAAAUUAGCAAAUGUCUUCUCUUUAAAGACUAUAUACUACAGAGGCCACUUACAGCAGGGUGCUGAAGUUUUAAAUCAAGACAAACAAUGCUAGUCACUGAAGCAGCAUCACCCCGUUUCCCAUCCCAUCCUGCUUUCGUUCUUCUGGCAAGUCUCCUGUGGGUGUCCCUCACUCAGAGUCAGGCUGGCAACAUCCUGGUAUACCCUGUGGAUGGCAGCCAUUGGCUCAACAUGGAUAAACUCCUGCAAGAGCUGCACCAGCAGGGACAUUCCUUAACAGUGGUCCGAUCAUCCACCAGCUGGUAUGUCCCUGAACAUGCCCCCCAUUACACCUCUGUCACAGUGGCAGUGUCCAGGGCCAGCAGCCUAGAGGAUCCACAGUACAUGGGAUCCUUUCUGAAGAGGAGUCUGGAGAUAUGGACACAAGAGCGCUCCAUUUUGUCAUUCAUUAAGCUACAGAUGGAGACCAUUAAUAUGCUGGAAGAGGCCCAUCGCUGCAGUGCUGAAAUGGCCCACUUAGCCAUAGAGGACAAACAGCUAAUGGAGAGGUUUAAGGCAGCAAACUUUGAUGUAAUGUUGACUGAUCCUGGGCUAGCAGGAGGAGUUUUAUUGGGAAAUUACUUGGGUCUUCCUAUUGUGCUCAGUGUUCGUUGGAUCACCAAUGCUGAGGGUCACUUUGCGAUUGCACCGUCACCACUUUCUUACAUACCAACUAUUGGGUCACUGGUCACAGAUAAAAUGAGUUUUGUCAACAAAAUGAAAAAUGUAUUUCAUUAUGGAAUCGGUCUUUAUAUAGAUUACGGCAUAACAAGACCGCUAUACCAGGGUGUGAUUAACAAAUUCAUAGAUCCAAACACCAAUAUCUAUUCUCUCAUUCAGGGGGUAGACCUAUGGUUGAUGAGAGUGGACUUUGUAUUUGAGUUCCCACGCCCCACCAUGCCCAAUGUGGUCUACAUGGGUGGCUUCCAGUGUAAACCCUCCAAGCCUUUGCCCGCAGAUUUAGAAGCAUUUCUACACAGCUCUGGGGAACAUGGGGUGGUGGUCAUGUCUUUGGGGAGCCUGCUAAGUAGUCUCCCCCUAAAAAUCUCAGAGGUUAUUGCAGCUGCCUUUGCUCGCCUGCCUCAGAAGGUUGUGUGGAGACACACUGGAGAGAAGCCCUCUACUCUAGGCAACAACACGCUGCUGCUGAAGUGGCUGCCUCAGAACGACCUACUGGGCCAUCCUACAACAAGAGCCUUUGUGACACAUGGGGGCACCAAUGGGAUCUAUGAAGCCAUCUACCACGGGGUCCCAAUGUUAGGGCUUCCUCUCAUAUUUGACCAGUUUGACAACAUGGUACGUCUACAGGCCAGGGGUGUGGCUAGGUAUCUAGAUGUGACGGCCCUGGAGGUGGAAUCUUUGACACAGGCCCUGACAGAAAUUCUGGAUAAAAGCAAGCCCUACAGAGAGAAUAUGCGCAGGAUGUCAAAGCUCCACCACGAUACACCUGUCAAACCAAUGGAUAACGCCAUCUUCUGGAUAGAAUUUGCUAUGAGGCACAAAGGUGCAGCACACUUGCGCACUGAGUCCUACAAGAUGCCGUGGUAUGCCUACCACAAUGUAGAUGUACUGCUACUUCUCGUGACUGUUGUUUUUUCUGUCCUGCUACUAACUCUAAUGACUUGCAGGGUUCUACGUAGGGUUGUGUGUGGGGAAAAAAAGGAAAAACUGCAGUAGCCUCAAAUUUCAGUUCAACAUUCUAAAGUAUAUUAAAAUUUACUGGUGCAGCUGAAGAAAAUAGGAAUUAAACUGUUCUUCAAAAUCUCAAAUGUUUACACUAAAGUCAAUCAGACACCAUUUCUUGUAAUAAAAACUCUAGUAGGCAAAUGGGAAAUAAAUUACAUCUUCUUAAAAUGUCCCAAGACUGAUUAUACAUUUUAAUUGACUUUUAAACAACAAAAUCUGUAAAUUUUGUACAGACAUUACAUGUACCAGUCACUUGUAACAAUGUAAAUAUUAACGUAAUACCACACUCUCUUUCUUGGUCAAAUCAAAAUUAAUUACAAAAUAAAAUGAUUGACAACACAAGGCAAAUACGGGAAAACAAUGUGAUGCAUUUCUUUCGUGUAUAUUGUAGGUUUCUGAGUAGUUGAUUUAAGUAUGUUUGUGCUACAAGUGAUUAUUUAAAACAGAGAACAAAGUAAUCCCUCCCAUUUGCUGUAAGGUAUUGAAAAUACGCAUUUCUCCAAUUUAUGAACAAUCCAAUUCGCUUAAGCUAUGCAAUAAAAUACAUAAAGUUCAAACAAAUGUGAAUAUUGGACAAUUUGUUUAAUGGUUCUGGUAAUCUAUUAAGACAGACACUUAAAGAAAAAAACAGAACUUGUAUAAUAAAUAUCAGUUUGCAACCUUGUCUUAUUUUCCCUUUGGAAAAUAUUACCAGCUGUACUGAAUCAUAACUGGUGGCUUUAAUGUGUGGUGAGUCAGUGAUGAUGUCAAGGACACAUUUAUUGAAAUAACAGAUGGUACAUGAAAUACUACUAAACAAUUCCAUAAUUUAAGACCUAUGAAGUAGUCACGUCUAAAUCCUGAUUGGUUAAUAUCAGAAAAAUGCAGUUUUAAUGGAUUAUAUUAGGUAUCCUUACAUAAUCCAAAAGCUUUUGUACCAAAUAGAACUAGUUAUUUGAUUUAAUAAAUUAUUUUAUUUUAAGAACCGAAUAAAGUAGUGUUUUUUAAAUGAAUUGCUGCUUUGCAAAAGAGGAUCUGGGGGAAGAGUAUGCUCAUCUGGUAGGCUAUUACAUUAAUUUACGACCAUAAAUGUAAGGGAUAUAGCUAUUGUAGCCUACAAAUGGCAUGGAAAUUGUCUUUUUUUGGCAUUUCAAAAUGGAAGGCAAUCGAGCAGACAGUUAUGAAAUUUUUGAUAGUCAGCUGCAACUUACCACAAGUGACAAACUUAAAUUGAAAGUCAUUGCCUCCAAAUAAAUGUAUUCUAAUUUUAAAUAAUUAAGUCUAAGCCAUCUUUGACAUAAAGGGACAUUUUUAAUUUCAGUUUCUUUAAAUUUUUUGUCCUAUGCAGUUAUAAAUCAAAGAAAUAAACAGUAAUACUUUGUGAAACCUUAAGCAUUUUCUGUAUUCUGGCAUAAAUUUGACCUAAAAUGUUAUCAAGUCCUAAUAAUAGAGUGAACCUGACUAAACACAAACAUUAAUUUUUCUACAAAUUCAAUUAUUAAUGUACGUGCAUAAAGUAAUCAACAGUUUAAUAUUGUUCCUUAUUCUUCGCAUUUAAUCAAAUCAUCAAGCCUGUCACUCUACAAAUGAAUAAAAUACAAUUGUUGGUUUUUGGAGGUUGGUUUUGCCCAAUAUAACUAAUUGGCGAAUUUUGACUGGAGCAAUUUUGGUUUAAAGAAAACUUCUAAAAUAAUCCUAAUACUACGAUGUUGGAGGUUUGGUAUGACCUUGUUAUCAUGGUAUGAUCUUUUUGCCUCUGUUUGCUGUACGGAUGUUCUGAAACAUUGUCUAAUCUUACAAUAAAAAUGUCUACACAAGGCACGAGACAUUGACCCCUAAAUAAAUCACAAAUUCCAUCCAGUUUGUGGAGGUACAAGCUUGAGGUUCUCUGCAUACAAAGAACAUGGGGCAAAAUACUAAACAUCUUAAUACUUUAUUACACUUUGAGCUCAUUAACCUAGAGAUUCACAUACCUUUUGAAUGAUGUACAUAUUUGCUCAUUUGUGU